AUGCAAGGCAAUGAAAGCUCCCUACAGGGAUUUAUCUUGCUGGGUUUCUCAGAUCGACCUAGACUAGAGCUGGUUCUCUUUGUGAUGGUCUUGAUCUUCUACCUCAUGACUUUAGUGGGCAAUGCCAUCAUCAUACUGGUGUCCCGCCUGGACCCUCAUCUGCAGACACCAAUGUACUUCUUCCUUACCAACCUCUCCUUCCUAGACAUCUGUUUCACCACAAGUUCCAUUCCCCAGCUGCUCUUUAACCUUGGUGGAUCAGACAAAAGCAUCAGCUACACGGGCUGUGCAAUCCAGCUUUUCAUGUUUCUUGCAUUAGGGGGCACUGAAUGUAUACUUUUGGCUGUUAUGGCCUACGACCGCUUUACUGCCAUCUGCAAACCCCUACACUACACAGUCAUUAUGCAUCCUCAGCUUUGUUUGCAGCUAGUGGCCGUUGCCUGGCUAAGUGGCAUUGCCAACUCCUUGGCCAUGUCCCCUGUGACUCUGACGCUGCCCCGAUGUGGUCGGCACCAGGUAGACCACUUCCUUUGUGAGAUGCCAGCCAUGAUCAAAAUGGCAUGUGUAGAUACCACACUCAUUGAAAGUACAGUGUUUGUCCUGGCCAGCUGCUUUACACUUCUACCUUUGUCUCUAAUUUUGGUCUCUUAUGGGUACAUAACACGAACUGUUCUUAGGAUCAAGUCAGCGGCUGGACGCAGGAAAGCUUUCAACACCUGUGGAUCCCACAUCACUGUAGUAUCCCUCUUUUAUGGGAACAUCAUCUACAUGUACAUGCAACCAGGGAACAAUUCAUCCCAGGACCAAGGCAAGUUCCUCACUCUCUUCUACAAUUUGUUAACCCCUAGUCUCAACCCCCUAAUCUAUACACUGAGGAACAAGGAGGUAAAGGGGGCACUCAGAAGACUAGUGAAGAAAGAGAGAGGCUAA